GCCGUCGCCCGCUAUGACUCGUGUCAUGGCUCGUGCGCCUCCCUUCUCACCACUGUUACGGCUCUGACUCACGGUCUCUUCCCGGCUUGGCUCGUUCAUCCUUCUUGGCUUUUUCAUCUCGCGUUGUCUUUACCUACCUACUAAUGAUCCGUGUCACGACACGCGUAUACCCACGGCUGACGCUUCAGUCAUUGUCGCAUUACCAUUACCCUUCUUGUACACUACACUUACCCAAGUCGGCCUCGCGGUCGCACUCGGUCCGGUCUUGGUUCCUGGUUUUGGUUUCUGCUUUUGUGUUUCUCUGCUUUACAUGCACGGCGUUCAGGCUCGAAGAUACCAUUCUGGCACUCAUUCGGCCUCCUCUUGUACCACUAGACUUUACUCUUGUACUUGUUGCUGUUGUCUUUUUCGCGCUAUCAUCAUACCCUUGGUCUCAGAUUGCUAUGGUCGACAGGCCAACACAGGUCGUUGGACCUACUUGUUGCAGCUCAUUGCUGCUAUUAGCGGAAGCGAAACACGCGCCUAUGGCGCGGCGGCUCUCGAGCUGUCGUCUUCUCUUCAUCGCGUUGUUUCCGGCUUUGUUUCUUCUUGUACCAGACUGGUCUUGUAUUUCCUGCUGCCGGCUGGUCCAAAUUGUAGCGCCUGGGUUACCAUGUUUGUCGGUUGGGUCUAUUGGCCUUUCUUUGAUGAUAGUAUUUAUUGCAGCGACGAAUCAAAAUUGGGCAGAGUCGUUAUUACCUCAAACCACCUCUUCAUGCAAUCAUCCACUGUGACUUUUGGCAUCAUCUCCAGAUCGACAGCCUCUCCGCAAUAACCCCACCCCACCCAGAUCCUGCUGCACUGCCUCAUAAAGGUCACUAUGUCCAGCGAAGACACCCAUCUUGGCUGAUCUCACGCGACCGGAAUCCGGCACGCCUAACACCCACCACAACACUCCAUACAAAGCAUGAAGUGAACACCAACAAUCACAUCCUCUAGAAUCCAAA